AUGGUGGCACAGGGAGCCGUGGCUGACGCCGAGACCUCCCUCCUGUGCCACGUCGGGAGGUUCUUCCCCGUGGAUGUUGACAUGGCGUGGCUGAGAGACGGGCAGGUCCUGAAGGGCUCCACCCGCUCCAGCCCCCAGAGGAACGCGGACGGGACCUUCAACCUCACCCUGACCUACACCUUCACCCCCACCCUCAGCGAUGCUGGCAGUGUCUUCUCCUGCCGUGUCCGCCAUGCGGCACUAGAGCAGCUGCAGCAGGAGGACAUCCCCCUGGACAUCCUAGGUGAGAGUCCAAAAGCAGAUAAGACUGGCACCAUGGUUGGUGCCAUCCUGGGGAUCCUGAUUGGAGCAGGAGCUGAAGUACUGCCCUACCCCAGGCAGGUUUCAUCCCAUGGUUCCCUGCCCAGGGCUCAGAGUGGACAUGUCCCCAGGAUGAUCCCAGGAUGACUCAUGUCCUGUGUGUUUGUUGCUUGGCCCCCAGGCUGGGUGGUCUCCUACAAUGUCGCAGAGGUGCAGGGGCCGGAGCGGUGCCUGCUGGGCCAGGAGGUGACCCUGCGCUGCUCCAUGGAGGGGACGUUCCCUGAGGACGUGGCUGUGACAUGGGAGAGGAUCCACAGCGAGGACAGGACGGUGCCUGAGAGCGCUGGGGACCAGGAGAGCCCCGAGCACCAGCCGCUGCUCCCCGCCCUCCCCCCGGGCUGGAGAGUGACCCCCCAGCCCCUGCUCCCCGCCCUCCCCCCGGGCUGGAGAGUGACCGAGGAGAGAGCUGGGACCCGCCUCACGUCCUCCCUGACCUUCACCCCCACGCUGCAGGACGACGGGGCGCGGGUCCGGUGCGUCUUCCUCCACGAGGCCAAACGGAUCAGAGAGGAGCGAGUGUCCCCGGAGAUCCGGGUGUGGGCCCGGCCGCAGCUGUCUGAGAUCCAGGUGUUGCCAGAAUGGGACCCCCGCGACAAGGUGCCGUUUGCUGUCCAGCUCCACAACUUCUACCCCAGGGAGGUGCCCCCGAUCCAGUGGAGCUGGGACGGGGCCGAGAGCUGGAGGGAAGACCCCGCGCAGAUAGACAGGAACGCAGGCGGCACGUUCACCGCGACGAGCGUCUGGAGAGUGCCCAGCCGGAGCCCGACCCGGCCGGAGCUGCGAGUGCAAGUGUGCGUCCAGCACGGCCCCGGAGAGCCCCCGAUGGAGAUGAAGCGCAGCCUGAGUGCCGCGGGUGUCCUGCGGCCCCCGGACAUGUCCAAAAUCUCCCAGACUGAGUCCAUGGACAAGGGGAAGGGAGUCAUCCUGAGCUGCUGCAUCACGGGGCAUUUCCCGGGGGAGCUGAGCGUGACCUGGCUGCGGAGGGGCAAGGGGGAGGACACUGCUGUGAUCCUGCGCGACUCAGAAGAGUGGAGGGUGGAGCCCGGCACGGCCGUCCUGGCACGGGACGGGAAGAGCUUCCAGCAGGAGACCAGACUCAUCCUCUUAACUUCCAAAGACCAGGGGUCAGAGUACAUCUGCCGCGUGGGACACCUCGCCCUGGAGACCGCCAUUGAGAGGAGCAGCAGUAAGCAGUAG